CAGUGUCGUACCGGCGAGCUGAUAAGAAUUACUUAGUAGUUUCAAUUUAUUAUUGGUUGUUAUAAGUUUUGUGGAAGUUGUUUUCCUGACAAAGAGGUGCUCAAUUAUGAAACCGUAUGUCCAUUUGACAGUAGUAUUCGCCUUCAUUACAAUUAUCAACUAUGUUUCAGCCAAAGGUUGUGUUCAAUUGGAUUCAUUUUCAUUUGAAAAGGUAGCUUCAAAAUUUAAAGCGACCCUUGUAAAGUUUGAUGCUGCCUAUCCAUAUGGCCCCAAACAAGAGGAGUAUGAGAAAGUGUGUGAAGCCAGCUCUAAUGUUGAUGACCUUCUUGUGGUAGAGGUUGCUGUAAAAGACUACGGAGAAAAAGAAAACACAGAUCUAGCGAAGAAAUAUGGAGCAGAAAAGGAUGAUUAUCCAGUUGUCAAACUGUUCGUACAAGGAAAGCCCGAGCCAUCUGAUUUUGUUAAAACAGAAGAUUUUACAGCGGAUAACUUAAAGAAAUUCAUCCGUUCAAAAUCCGGGGUUUACAUCGGUUGCACAGGAUGUCUUAAGGAUUUUGACGAGAUAGCAGCUAAAUUCUCGACAGAAAAUAAUGCAGAAGAGAAGAAAAAACUUCUUCGAAGAGCUGAAGACCUUUGGGAUAACGCAAAGGGUAAUCAAGAACAAAAGUAUGCAGAGGUUUAUGUCAAAAUAAUGAGAAAAGUAAUAGAAAAAGGGGAUGAAUUUUUAAACAGUGAACAUGCGAGAGUAGACAAUUUACUGAAAGGAAAAGUCAGUAAAGAGAAAAAAGAAGAAUUACAACAUAGACUUAAUAUCCUUCAAGGGUUUAAAACUGCAUUACACGAUGAGUUAUAAUUUUCUAGAUCUCAAACUGUUGUUUUAAAAAUGAUUGGGGGUUUUCGUUGUGAUGUUGCAAAACUAUCUUUUUUAGUUCCUAUAAAGCUACGAUACAAAUAGGUUAGGCCUACUGUUCAAACACAAACUUAAGGGGGGGGGGGGUAAUUGCUAGUAAUAUUUUAAUUUUGUUUGAACUUUGAACAUUCCUGUUCUCUCUUUUUUAACUCAAUCUAAGAAUGAACUUAAACAAACUUUGACCAAAGCUAAGAUCAAUGUUACAUAAUGUAUUAUUUAUCAGUAUUGAAUACUCAUGUUUAUCUGUUGUCGGUAAUUAGUACUAUAAUAAUGUAAUAAAUGUGAAUAUUGUUUUUUUACAUUUCUGUAACUUAAAUAAAUGUCAUGUGAUUAAAAGGUUCGAAACAAGUGAACUGUACAAAAUCCCAUUUCUGAAUUUCUUGAGAAUUUGGCGCAAGUCCUUGAUUUCUUCUACUACAGUCUCUGUCUUAUCUCAUGCAGUUAUAAUAAUAAUUACGAUUUACGACUAUCAUGGACUGAUUAGUUUAUGAAACAUGAUCGAUUUUAAACUUAAAAAGUUGCUGUUACAUUCAAUAUUUAAACUUGAAAAU